GAGUCUUUAUAAAGCCGGGAGUGUUCAUUGAAGAAACCUGACAGAGCUCAAGUUCAAGUCCACAGCAUCAACACGUGAAAACACACAACCGGAAACAAACAUUAGAUGUUUACUCUCCCUGAUGACUCAGCCGCUUCACUUCCUCCUCAGAGAGCCGAAAAUAAUCAUUUAAAACAUCUUCUGCACCCGGGACCCCGGAGCUGUCGACCCUCCAGCAUUGGCUUCCUCCGAGCAUCGCAGCCCCCAGCAGCAGCAGCGUCAGCCCGAGCAGAGCGCCUCUCCGCGGCGUUCGGGAGCAGAGAGCGGCUCGGUCCCUCCGCAGGAACAGCCCGGUGUUCAGGAGCUGCAGGAGCGGCUGAGCUCGACACCUGCCGCCGCCUCUGACCCUUCCUGCUCCAGAGAGAUGGCAGCGACCAAAGCGGAGCUGCUCCUGUCCGCCCUGCAGAUCUCUGACCCUCUGGCCGGCUUCCCACCGCCGCUCUCCCCGCUGGAGGGUUAUCCGAAGCUGGAGGAGCUGCAGAUGCUGCUGCAGAACGCCGCCGCCGGCGGCUCGCUGCUGGCCGCGUCAGCAGCGGAGGGAGCCGGGAUGCUGAGCGGGGAGCCCGGGGAGUACGGAGACUCUCUGUCGGAGCUCCCGGACCUGCAGAGUCUCCCCCCUCUCACCCCCCGUCUCCCCCCUCUGGCGUACAGCGGUCGCUUCACGUUCGAGCCGUCUGCCUCCGGCGGCUGUGGCGGCCUGUGGGCGGAGCCUUUACUCAGCCUGUUCACGGGGUUGGUCAGUGUGGCGACUCCUCCCUCUGCAGCCUGCGGCCUCUCCUCCUCUUCUUCAUCGGUGACAUCAUCAGUGACAUCAUCAUCGACGCUGUCCCAGCCGAGCUUCAGUUCCGUCCAGAUCAGCUGUGGCUCCGCCGACGUGGCCUCAGUCUUCUCUACCACGCCGACGUAUACCUCUGCCACCAGCUCCGACCUCCUCCUGCCCCCCGCUGACUCCCAGCCGCCCCCCCAGGCCUUCCAGCCGCAGGGCCCCCCCCCUGCCUACCCCUCCUCCCGGCUCAGCCUCCAGCCUAGCUCCUUGGCAGUGCCGAUGCUCCCGGACUACCUCCUGACGCAGCAGCAGGACACCGAGCUCAGCCUGAACCAGGACCAGAAACCCGUGCUGCCGCAGAGCCUGAACCCGCCGCCACAGCCUCCACUCACGCCGCUGUCCACCAUCAAAGCCUUUUCCUCACAGAUCCAGGCGCAGCCUCAUGGGUCCCCCUUCCAGGCCCAGCUCACCAAAUCCAGCCGGAUCAGGAAGUCCCCCGUAGGCCGGCAGUGCAAGACGCCCCCUCACGAGCGUCCGUACGCCUGCCCCGCCGAUGGCUGCGACCGCCGCUUCUCCCGCUCUGAUGAGCUGACGCGCCACGUGCGCGUGCACACGGGCCAGAAGCCCUUCCAGUGCCGCAUCUGUAUGCGCAGCUUCAGCCGCAGCGACCACCUGACCACACACAUCCGCACGCACACCGGAGAGAAGCCGUUCGCCUGCGCUGAGUGCGGACGCAAGUUCGCCCGCAGCGAUGAGCGCAAGAGGCACAGCAAGAUCCACCAGAGGCAGCGGGACCGCAAGACCGACAGGUGCUCCUCCUCCUCCUCCGCCCCCAUCCCCACCACCAAGCCCCCUGCCUACUCCUCCCCUCCUACCUCCUCCCCCUGCUCCUCCUACUCCUCCCCAGCUCACAGCUCCUCCUCCCCCCCUGCCUCACUCUUCCCCUCCUCGUCCUCCUCAGUCAGCAUGCAGGCCGCCUCCCCGUGCUUCACCUCCUCCUCCCUGUCACAUGUCUACACCUCUACACCAUCCCCCCACCUCUACACCUCCUCCUGCUCCUCCCCGAUGGGAAGUCCUCAGUCGGAGCUCCCCUCCCCCCACAGCUCCAACAUCUGCUGACAGACAGGAGGUCCACUCGUCCUAUUGUGACCUUUGACCUCAGACUGAAACUUUGCCUUGAACAUGAACGAUGAAAGCUGUAGACUUUAUUUUCGUGAUCGUCCAGUGGUGAUGAGGUCAAAGGUCAGUAGAUUGCCUGCGUCCUGUCCGUGUGGAGGAGCAGCCGACACGUUGCUGCGUUUCUGUGACUUUCUGUUUCUGCAAAAUAAUGAAUGAAUGUCUACAAGCUGCUGGUUCAUUUUGAGCCUUUUCAGCCACCGUAGUCAAUGUAAACGCCUUUGUUAGCGUUGGUCAGAUGUCGGGUUAAAACGUGACAUGAACUCAAACCUUCAACAGUGAACAAAAUGAGUUUCAAAAAAGGCUCUCUGAACCAAACUUCAUAGAGAAAACUGCUGAAUUUAAGAGACUUCACAUUCACUGAUUGCAAAGAGUUUCUUGUAUGAAUGAGUGUAAAUUCGAGCACUUCUGUAAGUGGAGUGUCUGUAUAUGAUGUUUACAUGUAGUAUAGUGUACAUACAUGAACAUGUACAUAGUGUUUUUUACCUACUGAGUAGGUUCUGGGACGUUUGUAUGUUUACAUUCAGGUCAGUGUUUCAUUUUAUACUGAACAUGUUUCCUCUUCAAGAGCCACAAGAAUAAAAUCCUGUUGGUGUUUGUA